AUGCACAGAUGUGAGGGCAAGCCGCCCGCCACGCCCGCGGGACUGGGCGCAGGGGGAGACCGCGUCUGCUUCAACUUGGGCCGCGAGCUUUAUUUCUACCCCGGCUGCUGCCGCCGCGGGAGCCAACGGUCCAUUGACCUCAACAAGCCCAUUGAUAAGCGGAUCUACAAGGGCACCCAGCCUACCUGUCAUGACUUCAACCAGUUCACUGCUGCCACGGAGACCAUCUCCCUGCUGGUGGGUUUCUCAGCUGGCCAGGUGCAGUACCUGGACCUCAUCAAGAAGGACACCAGCAAGCUAUUCAAUGAGGAGCGGCUGAUUGACAAGACCAAGGUGACGUAUCUCAAGUGGCUGCCUGAAUCCGAGAGCCUGUUCCUGGCUUCCCAUGCGAGCGGCCACCUGUACCUGUACAAUGUCAGCCACCCAUGCGCCUCGGCCCCGCCCCAGUACAGCCUGCUGAAGCAGGGUGAGGGCUUUGCCGUCUACGCCGCCAAGAGCAAAGCACCCCGCAACCCGCUGGCCAAGUGGGCAGUGGGUGAAGGGCCCCUCAACGAGUUUGCCUUCUCGCCCGACGGCCGCCACCUGGCCUGUGUCAGCCAGGACGGCUGCCUGCGCGUCUUCCACUUCGACUCUAUGCUCCUGCGGGGGCUCAUGAAGAGCUACUUUGGGGGCCUGCUCUGCGUGUGCUGGAGCCCCGAUGGCCGCUAUGUCGUGACGGGAGGUGAAGACGACCUGGUCACUGUGUGGUCCUUCACUGAGGGCCGCGUGGUGGCUCGAGGCCAUGGCCACAAGUCCUGGGUCAACGCUGUGGCUUUUGACCCCUACACCACUCGGGCAGAAGAGGCGACCGCGGGCAGUGGUGAUGGGGAUGGGAGUGGCGAGGAGGAGGAGGAGCCUGAGGCUGCUGGCACAGGCACAGGCGGGGGCGCCCCGCUCUCCCCGCUGCCCAAGGCCGGCUCCAUCACUUACCGCUUCGGUUCGGCGGGUCAGGACACACAGUUCUGCCUGUGGGACCUCACUGAAGACGUGCUUUCCCCACACCCCCUGGGCAACAUCAGCCGAGGCGGCAGUGGGGGCAGCGGUGGCGACAAGCCCAGCGGCCCUGCUCCCCGCAGCCGCCUGGACCCUGCCAAGGUGCUGGGCACUGCACUGUGCCCUCGCAUCCACGAGGUGCCGCUGCUGGAGCCCCUGGUGUGCAAGAAGAUCGCCCAGGAGCGCCUCACCGUGCUGCUGUUCCUGGAGGACUGCAUCAUCACCGCCUGCCAGGAGGGCCUCAUCUGCACCUGGGCCCGGCCCGGCAAGGCAUUCACAGACGAGGAGACGGAGGCCCAGGCAGGGGAAGGAAGUUGGUCCAGGUCACCCAGCAAGUCAGUGGUAGAGGGCAUCUCCUCCCAGCCAGGGAACUCUCCAAGUGGCACAGUGGUGUGACACCGUGGAUGUUGGGGUCUUGUACCCCUUGCUUCCAGCCUCCUAGCCAUAACCCAUCCUGCUGACCUCAUGGAUCAAUGUAUUAAGACUAACCACAAAGGAAGGACUGCUCCGAUCUCCCGGCCUGCACAACUGUUGGGGGUCCCCAAAACUGGCUCAGACAUGGGGGAUGUAGCGGCCCCUGUGACCUCAGCCCUGUCCCCACCCAUUGCCGAGAACUGUGAUCCUUCCUCUGAAACAUCAGUGUUAACCCACAUCCCUAUCCCAGCAUGUAACUGGCCAUUCCUGGGGAGAAGCCCUACCACCAGAGCCCCAACUCUGCAACGCGUCCCUACGGUGAGGGCAGAGCCCCUCCUCCAUCCCACCCCUUGCUGUCCUCUGUGCUUUUGAGAAGUGUUAAGUUAUGGAAGUCCCCAGGGCCCUCCUUGUCCCCCAGGACCUCUUAUUUAUACUAAAGUUCCCUGUUUGCAUGGCGGCUCUGUUCGAGGUGGGCGGAUGGGAGGAAGUGUGUGUGUGCUCUUGGCCACUGUCCUAGGACCUGGAUUUUACCAAAGGAAGCAGUGGCCAGGCUGCCCACCCCCAGCCUUUGGAAUUGCUGGAGCCCCAGAGGGAGGUCAUGAGGAGCAGCUGGGCCCUAGAGAGGAGAGUGGGCAGCCAG